UCCAAUCUUAAAAAUGCAAAGACAAGUAAAGGAUCAGAUCUAAGGCUGUAGCAACUGCUUGGAUUAAACAGGAUACAAAAUCCGUACCACCCUGGAUACAACCACUUCACUAUGCUUAGCUGCAACAUGAAGUCUGCCAUUAUAGUCCUUGUUGUGACACUGCACCUGUGCAUGGUCACCUCAUCCUCUUCAGAGAGCCGAGCACGUCACAAAAGAGCCUGGAUCAUUGACUCAUUCACCAUUGAAGAAGAAAACCCUGGGCCUUUCCCAUAUCGGCUAGGAAAAGUCCAUGUCGAUCGAGAUUACCGGGUGAAGUUCAUACUCCUCGGAGAUGGUGUUGAUGUAGAGCCCGUUGGGAUACUUCAAAUAGAUGAAAAUACUGGAUUUAUCUCUGUUUUGGGAAAAGUUGAUUUUGAAAAACAUAGAGUCUUGAAGCUGAAAUUCGAAGCCAGAAAUGCGUCUAAUGAGGAACUAGACACAAGGCUGGGAGUGGAGAUCUCCAUACUGGACAUAAAUGACCAAGUACCUACAUUUCAGAAACAAGUGUAUGAAGUUACGAUUGAUGAAUCACAACAACAGGGGACAGGUGUACUUACAGUGAUGGCCACAGAUUUCGACAGACCAGGCACCUUAAAUGCAACAGUUGAAUACAAAAUCUUGACCCCCAUCACAUCUAAUGCUGAAUUCUUUAUUGAAGAGACUGGCAGAAUCUCUUUCAAGGGAUGUCUGGACUAUGAGAAAGCCAAUAAAUACACCAUUGUGGUUGAGGCAAAGGAUUAUGGAGAGAAGGUUCAACUCUCAAGCUCAAGCACUGUCAUCGUUAAUGUUCUGGACAAAAACAACUACUUGCCUGUCUUCAAUGGUGUCACAGGGUUGGGUCGAGUGAAGGAGAGGGAGUCCGGGAUGUCUCCCCUCAGAAUACACGUGACAGAUAAAGACACAAAGGGUACUGCCGCGUGGAGAGUAAGAUACACAAUAAAGGGAGACAGGCAAGGGAACUUUGAGAUCCAAACUGACCCAGAAACCAAUGAUGGAAUCCUGACAGUCGUAAAGCCUCUGGACUAUGAGUUGGCCUCAGUGAAACAGCUGUCCAUCAUUGCGGAGAAUGAGGACCCAUACUUCUCCUGUGAGCUGAAGAAGAAGACUUCCGGCGCCCUCUGGAAGGUGAUUAAUAUCGAUGCCGAUCCUGGAAAAGGAAAGGUGCCGGUUUUCGUGUCUUCGAACGUCACCAUUCUUGUGGAGGAUAUCAACGACCCCCCAGAAUUUACAUUCACCACGCGUGAGGUCGUGGUAGAUGAAGAUGCAUCGAUUGGACACUACCUGGAGACAUUCACCGCCAGCGACCCCGAUGGAAAAUCGCCCAAUGACUUUGAGUAUAUAAAAGGUGAUGACCCUGGUAACUGGGUGAGUGUGGAUCCCAAAACAGGUGCAAUUACAACAGUUAAUGCACUGGAUAGAGAAUCACCCUAUGUGGUGAAUGGCACCUAUCUCAUUACCUUAUAUGCCGUUGACAAAGGCGAACCCCCAAUGACUGCUACAGCAACACUUACGCUCCAUGUGACAGACAAGAAUGACAAUUUGCCCCAGCUGCAAUCGAACACAAUCUCCAUGUGCCUGUCAGAUGAUGCCACUAUGACCAACAUCAGUGCCUACGACCUGGAUGAUGCCCCUUAUAGUGGACCCUUUCGAUUUGAGCUGGUUGGGGAAGAUAAAGACAAAUGGAGUCUUGACACCAACUAUGGGACCACGGUGAAUCUGAUUAAGAAGAGCACUGUCUACGCUGGAUUUUAUGAGCUGCAGCUCAAGGUCUAUGACCAGCAGGAGCGCUUCUCUGUGCAGAACAUCACGGUCGCCGCGUGCGACUGCUCCAUAAGUCAAGACUGCUCGGCCCGUGCGGCCGCUUCCAAAACCCAAAUCAACAGCAGUGCCAUUGGGAUUGUAUUCGCUGCCUUACUACUGCUACUGGGGAUUCUGCUUCUGGGCCUUCUUCUUACCUGUGGGAGAAAAAAGAUCGAGUUCCCAUUUUCCAAUGAUUCUGGGGGUAUGCUACUCGUAUCCAAUCUAGAAACACCUGGAACUGACUGCAAGAUUCCAGAGACACCUCAACUAGUCAAACAGGACCAGAGUAAAACAGCAACACAAGCAGCUCAAGGUUUACAUGGACAAAAUGGUACACUUAUUCAGUCAUCCAACCAACAGGCAGCCAUUAGCAAUCAACAGGUUGGAGCUCAACGGUACAAUUAUCGAGUGUAUGAAAGCAGCCAGGGACAAAGCUACCAUCAACACCACAGUAAUGCAGUGUACAAGUCUUUGCAGACGUCAACGCUGAGCGGACACCAUUCUGCAUCCUCCCGCGGUGGCGCUUUGUUCUUAAAAAAAGAAGCCCUCACCUCAUUGGUCUCUCAGAGACUGUCUUCAAUCCAAGCAUUUGAAGAGGAGCUGUGCGAUUAUGACCCCAAAGUGUACACUUGUGAAGAAGAUUCGGUGGUUAACCCAGAGCUGGACAGCAUCUCCGUUGACGAGGGCAGUUUUGUACCGGAUGACCUCCUGUACCUGGGACCAAGAUUUCAAACACUGGCCACAAUAUGCAGUCCCACACCAACACAGCCUUAGAUGGACAACAGCAGGUACGAGAUCAAUGACGUGUCCAUCGAAAGCAGACAUCUGCAUAGAGUGUGAGAUGCAGGACGUCUUUCCAAAUAAGACAAACAUUAGUCGAAACACUAGUAGAAAUUACCUUAAAAUAAUGAAAUGUUAAACUUUUUGGGAGAAUAGAGUAGUAUCAUUUCCAGGUCUCAAUGAACCUUUUGUAAUUAUGCUUAUACCUGUUAACUGGAUUCACCACUGAUAAGACAGCUUUUCUCUUUUUCCUUAUAUCACAAAAAAAAAAAAAUGUAUUUCCUGUUUGAGAAUAUAUGACUCGUUGAAAUGAACUAUAUAGCAAGGGAUGGUUGUCCAUACCAAUGUGCUCAUUAUCUCUUUAAGGUGACAGGUUUUUAUUAUGGCUUUCAUUUUUAGCUUUUUACCGCAUCCUAUACCAGGGUUGGCAGCUGAUUGGGUUAAUUAUUGCUGGUUUACCUACUUUUUCCUAAAAUAAUAUCAACUCAACACAUUCAGAUAUUUGAUGGCAAGAUAGACCAGUUUUUAUCCCCAGUAAUCAUAAUUGUGUUUGCUCGGUGACACGUGUCUUAUAAAAAGUUUGUCUGCAGGUUUUUGGCCAAUCUUUCAAAACAAGGAAAAUGAGAGCACCUUUAUCUGGGCUGUGAUGUGUGGCAGGUGUUUGGCUUCUUCGACAGACAGGUUAAAACUGUUCUUCUAAAGGCUUGUUAGGGAAUAGUAUGUCAUUGCUUGCAGCUUGUAGAUUGCUUUUGAACAUAGAGAAUAAUGUAUGCUUUUCAGAUUCAAUUUCUAUAUUUUAAACCAGUCAGAGCAGAGUAUUUUUAUUCAUUUAUUUGUGUUUUAUUGGAAGCCAGGACAGCAAUGGGAUGUGUGCUGCUCUGUAAAAAAAAACAUAAAAUAUUGAGCUACAGGAAACCGGGAAAAGUGCAAUUUCCUGAUUAAGGAAAGAUUAUUUGUUUACAGACAUAGUCACACAGAAACAUCUCCAGGGUAAAUUUAACACUAACAGAGUACAUAUAAAACCAACAGGGACUACGUGUAUAGUACUCUAGUGCUCUGUAAGAGUUGAUUUAACACUGAUCAUUUUACUGUGCACCACUGAGUGAAUGAGGUGAAAAUAAUUACAUACAAAACAGUUCCCAGUUUUACAUUUCUGUUCCUCAUUCUGUCAUACUGUAUUUGAAUUAAUGUUAUCAUUGCUAUCUUAAAAUUGCUUCAGUCUCACUGUUUCUCAUUGUUCUGCUGUAGCUGAGGUAGGAAAUUAAGACACAUAAACACCCAUGAUGUUUUUUUUGUGUGUUUUUCAGCAAUUGAAUAUCCCCUGAGCUUUCUAUGUAAAGUGAAUCUAACUUAUUAUGUUGCUCAAAUGCAUUUCUCAGGGUUCUAUGCAACUAACGUAUUGAGUUGAGAAAAUUUUUCUCAAUCUGUGAAAGACAAACAAGAUAUGAAUUUGAAUCUGUAAAUCAACACAUUAAAUUUUUACCUGACUUC